AUGUCAGACGCUGGACGCAGUAGCGCCAGCGGACAUAACAUACAUAUCCUCGGGGAUGACAUCCGGCAGAUCAACUAUCCUCUUGGCGAUUAUACCCUGAACCAUCCUCGACCAGUUCAGAAGUUAUCGUGCGCUGAUUUAUCCACAAACCUGUUACAUACAACGAGCACGUCCUCCAGUUCACUCGACACAUCCGACAAAUUGUUCCCCGCUGGUUCGUCGGAAACGCUCAGCGCAGAUACUGACACCGUAGAGAAUGUAGCUGUGGAUGUUGAGGCACCUUCGGUAUUCACUGGGAUGAACGUUUUUGAAAAAUCCAGGAGACAAGAUUUACAGCAAUGUGUCAGUGAGCACAAGUAUUUGGGACUCAAACUCGGUGCAAUCUUUUACGGACUUAUACUGUGUAUCUUCGGGUUACUUCUCGGUAUCAACGUAUAUAUGGGGGCUCAGACUCAGAUAAUUCUCUUGGAGAUGCUGUUGAUCUACCUGCAUUCCGUCGCAAUUUUGUUUGUCCUUUCGCAUUUCGCUAUUCGAGACAGAAGAUAUCGGAAUUGCGCCGAUUUUACUCUUUAUAAUUCGUCUGCUCAAGACAAUCCGUGCAGAACUGGUGCAUGGUUUACUCGCCCACGACCUGGUUCUACGGGUCAGCCAAUAUAUAUAAAUCUUCGUCAACAAUCGUCAUGGUUCAAGUGGCUCUACCCAGUGCCAAACCCCAACAGUAGAAGCUUUGUCAGCACAAACAGUUUGCCAUUUUUCAUGGACAACACAUCCCGAAUCACACACUUCAAUAAAACUCUCUCUAGUACCCGUUGUAGCAAUACCACCACGCGGAUGGUCAAAGGGUUCAGGAUGUUACUAAUCAGUUUAGCAAUCUGUAUGCUGGUGCGGUCAACCAUCAUGCUUUGUACAACCCAAGGAAUGCGUCCAAAUUGGAAUGGAUCAGAUACACCUUGGACCACAUUGUUUCCGCCCGUCCAGAGCACCCAGAUCACCAAGGCACAACACGGUCUUGCUUUAGGAGGCACAUUGUGUCAAACACUGUUCGUCAUUUUUCUUAAUCAGGCGUUCUACUCACAGCGCUGGCUUUUUGCACUUGGUAUGGCCCACUUAUGGAGUGUGCACGUGAACAACUGGGUCUUCGAAUUAGUUACUUACCAUACGGAGAAGCGCCAAAUCUACUUAAACAACAGCAUACCAUCAAUCGGGUAUCCAGAAGCAACGUGGUCAGUGAUACUUGAAAAUGCAGAAGAAUGCCUUUCUCCUGUACCUGGUCAAUUUCAUAUGGUCAUGCUUUGUUACUUGUAUUCCAUCUGGCGAAAACACUGGCUCCGGAGACCAUCAAAGGAAGAUGUAGUAACCAACCAAGAAAACAAAGAACGUAACCGGACUGUGAAGUGGCGCGAGACAGACACUCCAAGGAAUGAUAUGCAACGCGAAACUGAAACCCAAGUCUCUUAUGUUACACCCGAUGUGCAAAAUGUGUUUCGUCAUGAUUUUUAUGAUGGAGUUUUAUUUGUGCCCACCCAGCUGCAGACCACAGACUCCUCAUUCUGA